AUUGGAGCCAAUGGCAUCGCAGCAGGACAGGCGGUCAAGAGGCAGGUUUAAAUGCGCCGCCAGCCUGCGCGCAGGACAACAGAAGCCUUGCUGCAUCUGGAAGUUUGGAGAAGUGAAUAGUUCGAAUACCAGUACAAAGUCAGGAUGUCAAAUGAAAGACCGCUUCAAGAACUGAGUGAGAAUUUGGAGGGAUCCCUGUGCAGGCCUCAGAGGAGUAAAUGGAAAAGGCGGCCCUCCUGCAGCGGGGGUCUAGACACCGAGAACACUCCGAACGAGCUCAUCCAGCAGUGGUCACCCCCACACAAAAAGAUCCUGACUUCUGCAAAAGGGAAAGAAAAUGAAGAGAACGCAUUUGUUCUUGCCAGACGUCCCAGGAAAAGAAGAGAAUCGUCAGCAGGCUUGUGUUGGGACAGUCUGCCUGAUGAGCUAUUGCUGGGAAUCCUGUCUUGUCUCUCACUGCAAGAUCUCCUCCGGACAUCACGGGUUUGCAAGCGCUGGCAUUGUUUAGCGUUUGAUGAAUCUCUGUGGCACAGUGUGGACCUGGUGGGAAAGGCUCAGUUAGAUGCUGAGCUUGGGCAGGUUCUCUCAGCUGGAGCCUUGAGGCUGCGCUGUCCACACACCUGCAUUGGCCAGCCCAGCUUUAAAAGUGCACUGAAACUUCGUGUCCAGCAUCUGGAUUUAUCAAACUGCACAGUGGAGACGUCUGUUCUCGAAGACAUCCUGUCACGCUGCAGACAUCUACAGAAUCUCAGUCUUGAAGGACUGGUGCUCUCUGAUAGCAUAAUUCAUUCUCUGGCUCAAAAUACUGAAAUCGUCCGACUGAAUUUGUGUGGCUGUUCUGGCUUUUCUCCUGAAUCUCUGGCUGAGAUGCUGAAAUCUUGCACCCGAAUUGAAGAAAUGAAUGUGUCAUGGUGUGACUUCAGUAAUCUCCAUGUUCAAGCCAUUGCUAACAACAUUCCCUCCAGCAUCUCUCACCUGAACAUCAGCGGUUACAGACAAAACCUCACCAUGGAGGAUGUUAAAGCUGUAGUAAAACGAUGUCCGAACAUUACAAAUCUAGAUUUAAGUGAUAGUGUGCUUGUGACAACAGACAGUUUCCCAGUCCUGCAGCAACUUUCCUCCUUGAGACAUCUGGCAGUGAGCCGCUGUUAUCAGAUCCACCCAGCGUCACUCAUUGACUUUGAAAAGUUUCUAAAUUUGCAGACCCUGGAGGUCUUCGGGCUCAUACAGGACAGCUACCUGCCUAUUCUUUGUAAAGGUCUACCGCACAUACAGAUCAACACACAGCCUUUCUCCACUGUGGCACGUCCCACCUCAGCAUCAAGAAAGGAUCGCACACUUUGGGGAAUGCACUGUCGACUUGUGUACAAACACUGAUGUUUUUAACCAAGGAUGAUUACAGGGUAAACCAAAUUGUAAAAUAGCUUUUACAAUAGUCCAUAUCUCUUAAGUUUGCCCUAUUAGAAUUUUUUUGUGAUUUU